AUGUUUAAGUUCCCGGCACGUAUAAUUACAAUUUUGUCGACUUAUCAAAGAUAUCGUAAUAUAAGCAUAACUUCUCAGUUACUUAAAGGUAUUGGUAUCAUGAAGGUUGGAACACAUGACGGAGUAUUUCAUUGUGAUGAAGUUCUCGCCUGCUAUAUGCUCAAACAUCUUCCUGAAUACAGUGAUGCAGAAAUUGUUCGCACUAGAGAUUUGGAAAAACUUAAAAUGUGUGAUAUAGUAGUUGAUGUUGGAGCAGAAUUUAACCAUGAAAGAAAGAGAUAUGACCAUCAUCAACGAGAGUUUAAAGAAACAUUAAGUACAAUAAAGCCAGAUCUUGGUAAUAAGUAUAAAAUUAAAUUAAGUUCUGCUGGACUUAUUUAUGCAUUUUAUGGUGAAAAUAUUAUCCAAUCCCUUGCACCAAAAGAGUGCCCCUUACAUCCAGACAACCUUCAAAUUAUUUUUAAAAAAGUUUAUGAACAUUUUAUAGAGGAAAUGGAUGCUAUAGACAAUGGUGUACCUAUGACAGAUAAGGAGGAACCAAAGUACAAAAUAAGAACACAUUUAAGUGCUAGAGUUGGUAAGCUGAACCCUGAAUGGAAUACAAUGCAAACUGCUAAUGUAGAUGAACUUUUUGAAAAGGCAAUGAAAAUGGUCAGUGAGGAAUUCUUACAUGUAGUUAACUAUUUCAUAUCUGUCUGGCUUCCAGCUAGAGACUUUGUUAAAACUGCCUUAGAAACACGAUUUGAAGUGCAUAAGUCUGGUAAAAUUCUGGAGUUUAAAGAACGAUUUCCAUGGAAAGAGCACUUAUUUGAUUUAGAAGAAGAAAUGGGAUUGAUUGGAGAAGUUAAUUAUGUUGUUUUUAAUGAUAAGCCUAACUCUUGGAGAGUCCAAGCUAUACCUGUAGCACCAGUUAGUUUUGUAACAAGAAAACCAUUGCAUGAAAAAUGGUGGGGUGUCCGUGAUGAUUUACUUUCCGAUAUUGCUGGUAUAAAAGACUGUGUAUUCUGUCAUAGCACAGGAUUUAUUGGAGGAAAUUGUACAAGAGAAGGUGCAAUAGCCAUGGCAGAAGCAAGUUUAAAUGCUUGA